ACUUUGAGUUUUCCUAUAUGGGUUCAGUAAUCAUGUAUGAUGCGGCGAGGGUGCCAUCUCCUAAGGAUGGUGCAAACGGGAUGGCCCAGCCCGUGGUCCUGGGGGCAGGACCAGGACCGGGACCAGCUGCAGGAUCAGGAGGGCCGGCGCCGAACACAGUCCUACAGGCUAAAACAGAGGAGGGACAGCCAGGUACAGAGGAAGAAGAGGAGGAGCAGCCCAAAGCAGAGCCCGUCCUGGUGAAGAAGCCGCACAGAGAGAUCCUGGACCAUGAGAGGAAGAGGAGGGUAGAGCUCAAAUGUAUGGAGCUCCAGGAGAUGAUGGAGGAGCAGGGGUACACAGAGGAAGAGAUUCGGCAGAAAGUGAGCACAUUCAGACAAAUGCUGAUGGACAAGGAAGGCGUUAUCACCAGAGAUGGUCCACACACACAACCAGUGGUCAACCACCUGCACUAUCAGCCUGACGGGUACGAAGAGAACCCUGAAUUGGUUGGCUAUGAAGACGGAGACUAUGACCACGAUUACCACAGUGACAAUCGAGUGAAGAGGAAAUCAAGCAGCUCUCCAUCCCCUCGUCCAAAGAAAAGGAAGAAGAAGAAAUCUGGCCGCCGAAGGAGUCGGUUUGGCAGCUCCUCACCUACUCACAGAGAGAAGAAGAAAAAGAGUGGGAAGAAACACAAGCGAGACAGAUCUGCAUCUGGCUCCAGGAAAAAGAGGAGAUACAGAUCGGGCAGCCCAAAGAACAAACACAAAGACAAGAACAAACAGAAAAAGAGGUCCCCUGGUGAGACCCCCAGUAGGAGUUCACAGCGUCAAGGCAGCUGCUGUAGCUCCCGAAGCGCUUCCCUGUCGUCCACUAGGAGCACCUCCAAAUCUCCUGCCAGGCUGAACUCCAAGCACAAGACGGACGGACAAAAGGCGUCCAGCACCUCACUGUCCCCGGGCACCAACACCCCCGCCGCGUGGCACAACGGAGACCACACCCAGCGGAGCCGCAACGGCAAGGCCGGCAGACUCAACCACGGCGAGAAAGGGCACGAUAAGCUCCGUCUGCUGACCGCUAGCUCUGCCAGCAUCCAGGCCACUCUGCUGAGAGAGCACAAGCUCCACAGCACCCCCAACAGGAGCCAAACAGGACAGAUGUGCACCGCGGGAGAGGCUGGGAGUGUGGAUGGCAGGAACACAGCUGUAGGGAGCUCCGUACCCCAGGCGACAGGGAGGAGAGGGAGCCAGAGAGCCCAGAAUAAGAACUCCCACUCCCCUGCUCACAGCAGCGACUCAGCCCACUCCCAGCACAACCACACUCACAGAGGGAGGAACUCUCGUCACCACAGAAAGACAAAAGGCGGCCACUCUUCCAAGCGUCACCACCGCUCCAGUCGGGGUCAGGCACACCACCGGAGCCCGUCGGCAUCUCCAGGACGCCACCCACACACGUCAGGCAAGAAGAAAGAGGAGUCCCGGAGCAAACCCAACCUCCGGCAGCGCAGCAGCUCCUGGAGCAGCGGGCGCUCAUCCUCACGCUCCGCCUCCAGAGACAGAGGCCCCAGCAAAGCCAAGUCCCCACACAACAGGCAGAACAACUCCAGAGAGAAGGACAGCCCUAACCGCUCCGACACCGACAGCCGAGCUCGCCGCCGCUCACGCAGCUACUCGCCCAUUCGCAAGAGGAGAAGAGAUUCACCCAGCUUCAUGGAGGCUCGCAGGAUCACCAGUGCUCGGAAGCGGCCGAUCCCGUACUACCGUCCCAGUCCUUCGUCAUCCAGCUUGGACAGCAGCCCGUCGCGGUCUAGUCGCAGCCGUAGCCGCAGCUACAGCAGCUACAGCCGCAGCAGAAGCCACAGCCGAAGCCACAACCGGAGUCACAGCAGAAGCCGGAGCCGCAGCCAGAGCCGGAGCUGGAGCCGCAGCAAGAGUCGCUCCCGCAGCCACCACAGUUACUACAGCCGCAGCAGCUACGACAGCCCCGGCUUCUGAGCGCAACACACACAGCACGGAAGGGAAACGAAAAGAAACAGAGGAGAAGUCCUGUUAAAUUUACUGUGCUCUGAUUCACUCAUUAAGCUCUCCACAGUGCCCACACUGCUGUACAGCCCAGGGUCCAAGCUCCCCGACCCUAGACCUUCAUCUCUCUCUGACAGCGAGCCUGGGUCAAAGAGGAGACUUUUUUUUUUAUUUUUUUUUUAUUUUGAUAUAGCACAUUACUCUAAAAUUGGCUGUCACUGUUCAUAACUUCACGUAAACAAGGUAUUAAAAGAAAAUGGGUUACCACAUGUCAAAAGUUAAUUUGGUAGAGCCCAAAGAACAAAUCUCGCUGUAUGUUCGCACUUUCUUUCUCUUCUUCCACAACGCAACCAAAAAUGAAUUCAUUAAAAACGAUAUACUAUAUAAAUAUUAAAUAUAUAUAGAUAUAUAUAUAUCCUAACAAUAGGAGCUGAGUAGGAGACAAAAAGAGGACACAUCAACGGCUUACUGUACAUUUCAGAAAAUCUUGACUUUUUACUCACCCCUCAUCAUGUACUGAUUUCAUCGAAGCACAGAGAUCAACAAGAGUUAGAACAAAAGAGAAGUCGGCGAAUGAAAUAGGGAGCAAAAAAGGAAAAGGGAACUUUUUUUAUGAUAAAAAAUUGUAUAGGUUUGUCUGUAUAGAUGUAAACUUUCUUAAGUUCUGGCUUUGUAAACUAUGCACUGUAUAUUCCAUCCAGUUUGAGGAGGUUUGUUUAGCAUGAUGCAUCAGGAGAGACUCGCUGCUGGAAGGAGAGUACCUGGCCCAAAUGAAAGGUGCCAGGGUGAUCUGUGCUGCCCACUGGCCUAUACAGUAUGUCAGCCAUCACCAGAGGGAGGGAGGGGGGGGGGCUAUUUAUUAUGUACUUUUACUCUUCUCUGUUUAAAUUAUUAUGUUGAUUCUGCUAAUCCUGACUUUAUGUGUGAGAGUGUGCGUAUUUGCGAGAGUGCGCGUGUGUGUGCGUGUACCUCCUCUGCAAUGAGGUGAUUAUUUAUGUGUACACCACUGUAGCCUGCACCUAAGGCUGCUGGAUGGUACUGUACAGGAAAACUGUCUGCAAAAAUGUCUCCAUGCACACAUUUCUGUUGACUACAGCUAUUUAUUACACUGUAUUUAUUUCUUUAUUUAUUGGGCUAUUUAUUAUUUAAUGUAUUGAUCAUUCUGAGCAUCAUGAGCUGUAAAGCAGUUGAAUCAUGCUUUGAAGAUGAGGUUGCUGCAAAUGUAUUUCCAUUUGAAUAUGUACUGUAUAUGUCCAUGUUUUACACAAAAUCUGUCUGUUAUCGUGGCGAUGGCUUGCAGUCGCUAUCAGAUCAGUGAGCAGGGUGAAGAUUCACUGCUGUGUGUUUAGAAUGCUCUGAUUGUAGCCAGUGGAACAGGGUCUGCGCCCACAGUUACUCCCAUGUAUGCCACCAUGGCACCCCUGGCCUAUUGUAGUGGCUCAUUCUAAUGCAAGCCAUUGUGGUUCUGCAGCCUGUAUUGAGUAGCAAAAGAUCAGCCUCCACAGAACCAAACAUCUCCCUGUGUAGAGAGGUCAUUAUUCUCCUCUACUGUAAUGUUUCCAGCCACCACGUGUUUUAAUCCCUUGUAUAAUGGGCCGCAACAUGUUUCUGUCAGAGGUCCCCUGGUUACCAGCUUCAGGAGGAGGAUUUAUGUGAUGUAACCUAGCACAGCAGAGACACCAGCAGACUCUGUAAUGCCUCCUCUUUCUACAGAUUCAGUAGUAUGGUAAAUAAACUGGCGACACAAUCAGGGAUCACCAUAAGUCUUCCUUACCAUUCGUCUGGCCUCAUGUCACUCACACAGUGUUGCAUUCCCAGUGUAACCAGACUUAACCCGACUAUGAUACUCUGCAAACCUGUUAAUUUAUUCCAAGUAUAGCAUUGCCCCUUUGGUUCUACAAGUCAUUCUUUGUGGUGUACAAUACCUACCAAUAAACAGAAUCUAAUGGGGAAAUAAC